GCCCUGGAUGAGCUUAACAUUGGAUGUAAGGGAGUACAGGUCAAGACCUUCCGCUGACAAUCCUUGCAUUGCCCACUCGAUAUGCGUAGCGUUCUUAAGCCGAGCCAUGAUAGCAACUACUGGACCACAUUACAAUGCAGUUGCCUCGUAUCUCUGGCCUCUCAGGCGCAGAGUAUCAUACUAAGGUGUUGUACUGUCCAUAUGAGAAUCUGUUGCGACACAUAUACACCCUAUUUCUUUUUACCCGAUCCGAUUUCAAGACUCUCCUCAUUCCAGUCAUAUGCUUUGCGAUGGCCGCUUUACCAGACGUCCAAUUAUACCGGGUCCCUCAGGUGGUGCUGUGGGAAGACCGAGUGAAUAAAGGUUAUCGCCCUUUACCUUCGCGACGCCUAUCCCUCCAGAAUGCCAUUCGUCUUCGAUGGGCACUAGUACUCGUAUGCUGGCUAUUUUCCCUCCAUUUCAACGUCGGCACCCUCCUUGCGAGCAUUGCGGUGGUUGCAUUGACUAUUACUCACAACGAACUCGGGUUCCAUGGCAAGUCUUGGAUCAUCCGUAAUCUUCUCAAUGGACUCGGAUUGGCUUCAUAUGAAGUGGGGGCGCUUCUCGUCAUAUCUUCUAAACAUGCAGUCGAUAUGGUGGCUUUUUAUGCCGUCUUGAUCAGUGCCGGGUUGUUUGCGACAACCAUACAUGCACAAGACUUCCAAGAUAUUCCCGGCGAUCGUAUGAUCGGUCGCAAGACGCUUCCCAUCGUGCAUCCUCGAUUGGCACGAUUUUCAUUGAUGAUCCUCUUACCUUUAUGGUCCAUAUUAUUGGCGUAUACAUGGAGGUUGGGAAUUAUUGCAUGCUACAUGACCAACGUCCUUUCUUUGUACGUUGGUUGGCGUUUCUUGAAACUCGCCGACGUAGACUCGGACCAGCAAUCAUACGUCUGGUACAAUGUAUGGCUCUCCCUGACGAACAUGCUUCCGGGUUACUAUAGAUACAUCCAGUGAGGUGUGUAAUGGCAUCGCUAUACACUGGACAUGUCAAACAGUUUCUAAUGUUACAUCCGAAGAGUACCAUCGCCUUGCGCUGUAAUUAUCGCACUGCGUUCCGCUAGUGCGGGCUUGCGAACCCACCGCUGAUCGUUAUUCUGCUCGAUCCUGUUCGCCGUGCAACAUUCACCCACGUCUAUCUGGU